ACUGCGACUCACCUGCUUCCUCUCACAUCUGCCACUCUCCGUUUCUUCUCUCAACCCAAACGACAGAUCAAUACCCGGUCGACACACUUGUUUUGCCGCGUCAGAAUCUUGCUUCCUCCCACUUUUCUUGAGUGGCACUGGACGACAUACGCAAAAUCCGUACACAGAACUUGCGGCCAAAUCCGCACACGGAAUUUGCGGUCAAAUCUCAACACAGUCUCGGUCUUGCUGCCUUCAAGGUUGCUGCUAAACUUGUGGAACUGGUCUCAUCUUGUUGGCUUGGUGCACAACUGCCAGAGGCUCACGACCUGAACCCGCCAUGGAUCUUCCUUGGUUCUCAUCACCGAUAUGUUUGUCGUCGGACAAUGUUCGAUCGCGAACACUUGAGCUUAAGAUAACGACGCUAGGAGCUGGUCGUCGCCUCCCAACUCUGGUUCUUGAAGCACGCCAGGUGCUUCGUUCUGGUUUUCUUUUGAGCCUUGAGGCAAUCAUCGCGCACCACAAAAGCAAGCAGAAGGAAACAGUGACUUCGAAGCAUACCCGUCAUGGCGGCGGAAAGAGACAAAGUAUCGUGAUGCGCCGAUGAGAAAAAGCACGACGGGCAUAUCCCAUCAAUCCGCUAUCGCGCUUCUCCCAGGUCCGAGCCUCCUUCCCUCCUUCAAGAGGCGACGCAGCACCACUUGGUGUUGCUCUUUUCUCAGUCUUCUUCUUUCAUCUAGGGGUGUUGCCACCUUUUCUCGCCCUCUCUUGUAUUCAUCCUUUCUCGUUUUUAAGUCUCUACUCCUUCCACACUGUUCGCUUUUGCCUGCUCCCUAGUUCCAUCGCUCGUUACAUCACAAUUCUUCAUUACCAAAAAUACCAUCUACAUUGGCACGCCAUGUCAGUGGAAGUCGCCUCAAAUGCUGUCGCGUCUCAGCACGAGUCUAUUUCAUCCGUCUCGAAGCCGUACCUCGGCGACCUUCGUCUCCCUGCAUAUCGUGUCACUCAUUUGGGCAGGUACCAUCCUUAUGGGCGUAAGGUAGCCUAUCAUGCCACGAGUCAACCAGUGGACUUGAUGCAAACCCAAGAUCACCGGUUUACUGACUAUGCUGGCAGACCCAGUUUGUCAUUAUCUAUUAUUUCUGAAGAAGAUGAGGAUGACAUAGCCAGGGUGGAACACGGCAUCUAUCCUGUCAUUCCACCGAUCGAACGACUUGUUGUCAUUGGCGGACAUCCGGAGAAAACAGUUGGUUUCAUGGAAAUCAUAAUCGAUUUCGCUCUUGCCAUGCGCAGGAGGUUCCGAAGGUUGGCCACGAAGCGUGGUUGAAAGACGUUCCAUCAAAUCUCAGACAACAUCACACUGAUCUAUGUUACUUCACUGACUCGUUCCAAAGCCAAUUUUCUUGAAUCUUGCACUUCUUGGAUUAUCGAACCUACCGUACUUGACAAGCUGCUCUUGCGAUAUUAUCAUUGUAUUAUAGUUGAUUUCUUGGCUAUUUUUGUACCAUAGUUCUCUUGGCUGCGUCGAUAUGACGUCCUGUAUAUACUACUCCUGGCAAUGUCUAUGUCAAAAUCUGGUGGAACCUU